GACGCCGUGCAUUUUACGUACACUAAUUAUUUCCUCCCAGACACACAAGGUUUUGCUUCAUGAUUCGACUUAUGAUAUAUAGCUUUUGUACAUUUGGAUGUUUCGCUGUCCGCAAUCCAUAUGAUGCACUAAAUGGUUGGCCUAAAAUACACCCACCCCCAAAUUUUAAACCAAACCCACCCCAAGGAGAUUUGCCACCUUAUCACACUCCAUCCCUACAGUCGCCCAUCAACAUCCGCUUCAUCAAAGCCGCCACGGUCAACCUGCCACCCCUUGAGUUUGAGGACAUGCUAAACGAUGGUGUGCGAGUCAUUAUGAGAAAUACUGGGACAACGGUGCAAUUCGAAAUAGCGAACGAAAGUGUGAUGGUACCGCGAUUGGUUGGCGGCCCAUUAACUUACCAUGGAGAGUAUGAAUUUUCCAAUCUCCAUGUACAUUGGGGAACUGAAGAUUACCUUGGCGGCGAACACGAACUAAACGGCAGAAGAUUUGCAAUCGAAGGUCACUGUGUACAUUUCAAAAAGGAAUAUCAAACAAUAGAAGAAGCAGAAAAGCACUCAGAUGGCUUGGCAGUAGUAGCAUUUUUUGGCAAAGCUGGAGACGUUGAUAACCCCAAGAUCGAACGGUUGGUCGAGCUACUGCCCAGCAUCAGGUACCCCAACUCCUCGGUGACCCUGGCGGCCAGAGACAGUCUGGACUGGUUUGAUGAACUGGCGGAACCCUUCAACUACUUCACAUACCCCGGUUCUCUCACCACGCCACCCUACACCGAGAAUGUUUUCUGGAUCGUCUACCCUCGGCCUAUGUCCGUAUCAUCCAGACAGGUUGAAGCUUUCAGGAACCUGCUUUCAAACGAUCUCAUGGUCAACAGAGAAAACAUCAGACCAGUGCAGCCUUUCAACUCAAGACCCCUGAUAUACUCCGUUCCAAAGUUGCAGUAGCACAUCACGUUCUAAUAUUAUACUAAUAUUUUACUAUUAUUUAUAAUAAAUUGUUAUGUUUUCUAUUGUUAACAAUA